UUUUUUUUUUUUCGAAAAAUUACUCGUUCCUGCUAUAAGACCAUUUAUAAACUUAUCUGACAUCUGUUAUUCGGCCUUCCUAUUUGACUUUUUGUAUGACAGUUUCGUGACAGUAUCAGUUGUUACAUUUGAAUAUACAUAUACAUACAUACAUAGAUGCAUACAAUUUACGAAACUAAUAAGGUUAUUAUGAUUUACACUUUUCAUAAUAUACCCGAAUAUGACUAUAUAAGGAACGCAUCGUUUUAUUUCUGCACAAUAGAUACAUCGUGAGUGAUACGAAACGUUGCGUUCAAAUAAAACCAAAUUCGCGAAUAGAAUAAUAUACAAUAUUGAAUUUCUCUUGAAUUGAAUACAAAUUUGACUAAUACAAUGAAGGGGUGGUUUAUAUUUGCCGCAUUACUGGUCGUGGUAACCGGUAAAAACUUAAAUUGCAAUCCAACAUCGUGGAAAAAUUUAUUGCUCUAUCAAAUUUAUCCGAGAAGUUUUAAGGACAGCAACGGAGAUGGUAUAGGUGAUAUCCAAGGUAUAAUCAGUAAACUGGAUCACUUUAAGGAUUUAAAAGUCGAUGCUAUAUGGUUAUCUCCAUUCUAUACAAGUCCAAUGCUCGAUAUGGGUUACGAUAUUAGUAAUUUCACCGAAGUAGAUCCAACCUUUGGUACGUUGAAAGAUUUUCAAGAAUUGGCUAAACUUACUCACGAGAAGGGUAUGAAAUUAUUCGUGGAUUUCGUUCCUAAUCAUACAUCGGACAAACACAAAUGGUUCGAAUGGAGUAUACAAAAAAUCGAUCCCUAUACAAACUAUUACGUUUGGAGAAAAGGACGAACUCUUCCUAACGGUACAAUUACGUAUCCGAAUAACUGGAUGAGUAUUUACGAUAAUCCAGGAUGGAUUUGGAAUGAAGAUAGACAGGAAUAUUAUUAUCAUCAAUUCUCGACAUUCCAAGUUGAAUUAAAUUACAACAGCACAGAACUUAGAAAAGAGAUGAUGAACGUAAUGAAGUUUUGGUUAGAUCUUGGCGUAGAUGGAUUUAGAUUGGACGCUGCACCAUAUUAUUACGAGAAUCAACAAUUUUUGGACGAACCAUUGGUCGGUACUACUUAUAAUCCUAAUGCAUAUAAUUCAACGAAAAAAAUUUACACGAGAGAUCAACCGGAAAGCUACGAAUUAAUUCAAAGUUGGCGUGACUUUUUGGACGUAUAUUCCGCCAAAGUGAAUUGUCCAAAGAUUUUAAUUGUCGAAGCAUACGCCAGUUUGGAUAAUACUAUGAAAUAUUACAAACACGGUGCUUUAUUUCCUUUUAAUUUUAAUUUUAUCGACAAAUUAAAUAAAGAUUCAACUGCAUCGGACGUUGCGAAAUACGUGGAAGAAUGGAUAUCGAGUAUGCCAGAUGGAAGCGUUGCCAAUUGGGUGAGCGGAAAUCACGACAAUCGUAGAUUAGUGUCGCGUUUUGGAAACAAUAAACGAGCACGCAUAAUCAUGGCCAUGAUAUUCUGUCUUCCUGGUGUUUCCGUGGUAUACAAUGGUGACGAAAUUGGUAUGGAAGAUACCAUACUUUCUUGGGAAGAAACAAAAGAUAGCGAAGCCUGUAAGAUUGGCAAAGAUAAUUACCUUUCCAUAAGCCGAGAUUAUGGUAGGACACCAUUCCAAUGGGACAACAGUACUGCUGCUGGAUUUUCUACGAAUUCCGACACUUGGUUACCCGUUAACAGUGAUUACUUGACAUUAAAUUUGGCCAAUGAAAAAGUAUCGAAAAAGUCAUUCUAUACGAUGGUAGUGACUCUUUCGAACUUCAAGAAAAAUUUAUCUACGGAAAAGGACGGAUUUAAUUUAAAAGUACCAAACAAAAAUGUUUUAGCAUUUACAAGAAAAACGAUAAAUGACGAGUCUGUUUACGUGGUAGCAAAUUUCGGAGAUCAAGAGGAACAAGUUGAUUUGAACAUAUUUGAUAACGUGCCAAAGAAACUUAAACUUUAUUACGCUACUGAAAUUGACGGCGUACCUAUUGGUACCACCGUUGAACAAAACGACAACCUAAAAGUUCCUUCACAAACGGCAUUAAUUCUUACCAGCGAAUUUUAAUUAAGAUAUUAUUUACUGAAUGAAAUAAUAUUUUAUAAAAGUAAGAAUAAUCUUAAUUAGUAGAAAAUUGUGACCAUGAUCAAACGAUUGUUAUUUCUGUAAACGAAGUGAAACGAUGAUUGAUUUGAUUAGUUAGACAAAAAUAAUUCGAUUGAAAUUUCUGAAAAGAUUCUCUCAUUCGAAAUAUAAAUAAUAUUAAUUUUAGGAUAAAUAAAAUGAUAAAUACACUAAAUAUUUAAAUCACGUAAUAGAUGGUUUUUUUUUGUUUUUUGAAUCUCAAAGAAAACCUCAUCCGUUUCUUUUGAAUACUUCCUAAGUCAGUUUCAUUAACCUUUAACUUUCAUUCACAAAUGUAUAAACCUAUCGUUAAAUCGAGAUUAAUGAUGAAUCAAAGCAUUUUGAAUUAGCGAAUCGAUGAAACUACAAGCACGUCGAUCUCGUUGCCAAUUACAAUUGGCUAGGAAAUUCCAAAAGGGUUCUUCCAUCGUGUCAUGUCAUUCUGACACCUAGACGGAAACAUAAUUAUCCUUGUUCGUUCGUUUCAAUUAAGCCUGACAACUUUCUACCUUUUAUACACCUAAGUUUUAAAUCCGAU